AUUAAAUAACAAAAUCUUUUGCCACUAUUGUUAACGUGUAACAAGUGUAUUUUUAUUUUAUAAAAAAUAUGAGUAACAUGAAAAAUUAUCGUAAAAAUGGUGGAGGGAAACGUCCACAAAAGAAAACAGAAUCUAAGGAAAAACCACAAAUAUUAGCACAACCUAAACAAUCUUAUGCUGAGUAUGACAAUAACGCAAAAACUGAUGAUAAAAAUAAAGAUUUUGAAGCUUUUAUAAACCAACCAAUUUCAAUGGAUGGGCAAUUUGUUUUUAAAUGUGAAAAGAAUUGGUCUGCAGAUGUAUUAGGAUGUUUUGACUAUUUUACUCUAGAUUUAAACUUACUUUCUGCUGCUAUAAGGUGCAUACCUUUUAAUGAAUGUGUUAAAAUAAAGGAUGAAUAUUUCACAGCUGAUCAAUUAACGAGUUUCUACAAUGCUGUUGAAGAAGGAAAAGAAGCUUAUAAUGAUAUUCUAUCUAAUUUAGAAAUUUCUAGUUCAUCUAAUACAAUGAAUUUUAAUAAAUCAUUAGAUAGAGAAAGUAAAGAAAAACUAGAGAUGAAUUUAAAUCUUGAAAAGUCUAUGACAGAUAAUAAAACAUUUGAAGCUAAGAUACAAAAUAAAAGUGACGAUAGUGAUACAGAAGAAAGUUUAGAUUUCUUAUUAUCUCUUAAAUCAUCCACCUUACAAAGCAAUAAGAAACAAAUGACUUCAACAGAUGUAUUUUCUAAAAAUGAACUCAAAACGCAGUCUGCUACCUUAUCAACUAAACCAAUUGAUCUUGAAAUCUGGUUAGAUAAAAUAUUAGAUGACUAAAACUUGAAAUUUGUAUAUUUGUUUAUAAACUUAAUCUUAAAAAUUCAAUAAUAAGAUUGCAUAUAAAUAGGAAUCAUAUUAUUACAAAGUAAUUAGUAAUUUUCUGUAAUAAAAUAUAAUACUAUUAGAUUAACUAUUAGAUUGUUAUUGUCGUAAUAAAAAAUGCAAAUUUUUUAUUAUACUGUAAAAGAAUAUGAAUUACUUAUUAAUAUAUUUAAUGUUAUAGACUUAUUGUGUACAUUAUGUAGCAUAAAAAUCAAUAUGAAAAUUUGUUAGUAAGAUAUUCAUGCAUAUAAUCAUAAACUACAAGCAUAAUAGCUCCACCUGGGCCCAAUCUCAAUACUUUUGGCAAUAAACCUUUGUAUAAAGCUUUGAAACUGAAAUAAAAAAAAGAAAAAAAAAAAAAAAAAAAAAAAA